CGCGGCGGUUGGUCAGGGAGGCGGAUCGUCGCGGCUGAGAGUCGCCGAGCCCAUGGCUUUUAGAGCGACCCCAGGCAGGAUGCCGCCAGGACCCGGGCCCGGGGUCCCCUCAGCCAGUUUCUCCAGCCCCCAGCCUCCAGUGGCGGGGCCUGGAGGGAUCGAGGAAGAGGACGAGGAGGAGGAGCCGGCCGAGAUCCAUCUGUGCGUGCUGUGGAGCUCGGGAUAUCUAGGCAUUGCUUACUAUGACACUAGUGACUCCACCAUCCACUUCAUGCCAGACGCCCCAGACCACGAGAGCCUGAAGCUGCUCCAGAGAGUUCUGGAUGAAGUCAACCCCCAGUCUGUUGUUACAAGCGCCAAACAGGAUGAGGCUAUGACUCGAUUUCUAGGGAAGCUCGCCUCCCAGGAGCACGGAGAGCCAAAGAGACCUGAAAUCAUACUUCUGCCAAGUGUGGAUUUUGGUCCAGAGAUAAGCAAACAGCGUCUCCUUUCCGGAAACUACACCUUCAUCUCAGAGUCCAUGACUGCUACUGAGAAAAUCCUUUUCCUCUCCUCCAUUAUUCCCUUUGACUGUGUCCUCACGGUCCGGGCACUUGGAGGACUGCUAAAGUUCCUGAGCCGAAGAAGGAUCGGGGUUGAACUGGAAGACUACAGUGUCGGCGUCCCUAUCCUGGGCUUUAAGAAGUUUGUACUGACCCAUCUGGUGAGCAUAGAUCAAGACACUUACAGCGUUCUACAGAUUUUCAAGAGUGAGUCUCACCCUUCGGUGUACAAAGGAGCCAGCGGGCUGAAGGAGGGGCUCAGCCUCUUUGGAAUCCUCAACAGAUGCCGCUGUAAGUGGGGACAGAAGCUGCUCAGGCUAUGGUUUACACGUCCAACCCAGGAGCUAAGGGAGCUCAAUUCCCGUCUGGAUGUCAUUCAGUUUUUCCUGAUGCCUCAGAACCUGGACAUGGCCCAGAUGCUGCACCGGCUCCUGAGCCACAUCAAGAACGUGCCUCUGAUUCUGAAACGCAUGAAGUUGUCCCACACCAAGGUCAGUGACUGGCAGGUCCUCUACAAGACUGUGUACAGUGCCCUCGGCCUGAGGGAUGCCUGCCGUUCCCUGCCCCAGUCCAUCCAGCUUUUUCAGGAUAUUGUCCAGGAGUUCUCUGAUGACCUGCACCACAUUGCCAGCCUCAUCGGGAAGGUGGUGGACUUUGAGGAAAGUCUUGCUGAAAACCGCUUCACAGUCCUCCCCAACAUAGAUCCUGAAAUAGAUGCCAAGAAGCGGAGGCUGAUGGGGCUCCCGAGUUUCCUCACUGAAGUUGCUCAGAAGGAGCUGGAGGACCUGGACUCUCGCAUCCUCUCGUGCAGUGUCAUCUACAUCCCUCUGAUUGGCUUCCUUCUUUCCAUUCCCCGCUUGCCUUUCAUGGUGGAGGCCAGCGACUUCGAGGUUGAGGGACUGGAGUUCAUGUUUCUCUCAGAGGACAAGCUGCACUACCGUAGCACGCGGACCAAGGAGCUGGACGCACUGCUGGGGGACCUGCACUGUGAGAUCCGGGACCAGGAGACCCUGUUGAUGUAUCAGCUGCAAUGCCAGGUGCUGGCACGGGCUUCUGUCUUGACUCGGGUAUUGGACCUUGCCUCCCGCCUGGAUGUCCUGUUGGCUCUCGCCAGUGCUGCCCGGGACUAUGGCUAUUCAAGACCGCAUUACUCUCCCGGCAUCCAUGGCGUGCGAAUCAAAAAUGGCAGGCAUCCUCUGAUGGAACUGUGUGCACGAACCUUCGUGCCCAACUCCACAGACUGUGGUGGGGACCAGGGAAGGAUCAAAGUCAUCACAGGACCCAACUCCUCCGGGAAGAGCAUAUAUCUCAAACAGGUCGGCUUGAUCACCUUCAUGGCGCUGGUGGGCAGCUUUGUGCCUGCAGAGGAGGCUGAGAUUGGGGUGAUUGACGGCAUCUUCACCCGAAUUCACAGCUGCGAAUCCAUCUCCCUCGGCCUCUCCACCUUCAUGAUUGAUCUCAACCAGGUGGCGAAAGCAGUGAACAAUGCCACAGAGCACUCGCUGGUCCUUAUUGAUGAAUUCGGGAAGGGAACCAACUCGGUGGAUGGUCUGGCACUUCUGGCGGCUGUGCUCCGUCACUGGCUAGCACUGGGACCCAGCUGCCCUCACAUCUUUGUGGCCACCAACUUCCUGAGCCUUGUUCAGCUGCAGCUGCUGCCGCAAGGACCCCUGGUGCAGUAUUUGACCAUGGAAACUUGUGAGGAUGGAAACGACCUUGUCUUCUUCUAUCAGCUUUGCCAAGGCGUCGCCAGUGCCAGCCACGCCUCCCACACCGCGGCCCAGGCUGGGCUUCCUGACCCACUCAUUGCUCGUGGCAAAGAGGUCUCGGACUUGAUCCGCAGUGGAAAACCCAUCAAGCCCAUGAAUGAGCUUUUGAAGAGAAACCAAAUGGAAAACUGCCAGGCAUUGGUGGACAAGUUUCUAAAACUGGACUUGGAAGAUCCCUCCCUGGACCUGGACAUUUUCAUUAGUCAGGAAGUGCUCCCUGCUGCCACUACCAUCCUCUGAGCAUCCUCCCUCUGCCUCCCAGCUACUUGAGCCGCACCCCCCACCCUGGGCUACCAGGCCUUUUCCUUUUCUUCCUUACUACAGAGUUCUCAGUUUGCACAACAUUUUAUCUUGUGUUAGGAAUAAAGUUUAUUUUGGAUCAA